UAUAGCAAAAACGAGCAUGACCGAGUUAACUAUCUUAUUACACCAUAAUAAAUAAUAUUUACGAUGAGAUUUAUAAAAUUGAAAAAUUAUUUAAAUUUCAAUCGAAUUAGUGUGAUACGUUGCCCUUUGGUGCAGGGGUUUAGUGGGCAAUGUGCCAUUCAAAAUGAUUGUGUGCAACAUCGAUGGUUUUCGUCAAAAGUCGCGACGAAACCAAGUGGAAAGUUACCUGCCAAAGGACCUGGAUUAAAGGAAUUUUUGAUUGCCGGUAAAAAUUCAUUAGUUGCCCAAUCAAAUCCGAUCACACCGGAGAAUACAAUUCCAUAUUUGGACAAAAUCGAUUUCAAUGGACAAGGUCGGAAGGUUUUUUUCGAAGUGUACGGAUGUCAAAUGAAUGUUAACGACACAGAAAUUGUAUGGUCAAUUUUGAAAGAAAACGGGUACCAAAAAAUUGAUUCAGCCGAUCAGGCCGAUAUUGUAUUGCUUAUGACAUGUGCAAUUCGGGAGAAAGCAGAGUCAAAGAUUUGGAAUCGCCUGAGACAGUUAGCUAUUGAAAAGCGUAAACGACGAUCCGUUGGAAAAAACUAUCAAGUUGGUAUUUUGGGAUGCAUGGCUGAACGUCUGAAAACAGAACUACUUGAGAAAGAGAAAAGCGUCGAUGUGAUCUCAGGACCAGAUAGUUAUAAAGAUUUACCGCGACUUUUAUCGGUAACAAAAAGUGGACAAAGUGCCGUCAAUGUGCUACUGUCUCUAGAUGAAACUUACGCUGAUAUUGUACCAGUUCGACUGGAUGAAAACGCUGUCACCGCAUUUGUGUCAAUAAUGCGUGGGUGUGAUAACAUGUGUACAUAUUGUAUCGUACCAUUUACACGCGGUCGAGAGCGAUCACGUCCAAUCGAUAGCAUUGAAAAUGAGGCAAAAAUGUUGGCCGAACAAGGAAUCAAGGAGAUCACACUUUUAGGCCAAAAUGUGAAUAGUUAUCGCGAUUUAUCGCAAGACACUGAACGGAAUAAUGAAACAAAUAUUGUUAGUGGUUUUAAUACUGUUUAUAAAACGAAAAAAGGUGGUAUGCGAUUUGCUGAAUUAUUGGAACGUGUUGCAGUAGCAGUGCCAGAAGUUCGUAUUCGUUUCACAUCACCACAUCCAAAAGACUUUCCGGACGAAGUGUUAAUGAUGAUGAAAAAAUAUCCAAAUAUUUGUAAAAAUAUUCAUAUGCCAAUUCAAUCGGGAAACAAUGCAGUUUUGGAGCGGAUGCGACGGGGAUACACACAGGAAGCGUACUUGGAUUUAGUCAAACAUAUUCGUAGCGUAAUUCCGGGUGUCAGUUUUUCUAGUGAUUUCAUCACAGGAUUUUGUGGUGAAACAGAGGAAGAAUUCGCUGAUACAUUAUCGGUAAUGAGAGAAGUAAAAUAUCACAUGGCAUUCAUGUUUGCCUACAGCAUGAGAGAGAAAACAACGGCACACCGAAGAUUUGUCGAUGAUGUGCCGCAGGAUGUGAAAAAUCGUCGUGUCUAUGAAAUGGCAAAAGUGUUUCGUGAUGGCGCUGAGGAGCUCAAUGCUGCCUGUGUUGGAAAAAAACAAUUAAUUUUAAUUGAAGGCACAAGCAAAAAAUCGAACGAUGCGUAUUUCGGACGAAAUGAAUCGAAUACAAAAGUAAUCAUUCCCGCCAAUGCUGAAAUAUACCAAGAUUACGAAUCGGCACAACGACAUGACAUGGAUGCAAAACAACCAAUAAAACCGGGCAACUUUGUUGUCGUAGACAUAACAGAAUCAAAUUCACAAGUUCUCAAAGGAACGCCUUUAUACCAUUCAAGCAUUUCAGAUUUUAGCCAGCGGCACAAUUUGUAUCAUAAUUGACUAUAAAUCGAAGUGUACAAGUACAUAACAA